GAAAGAAUUGGAUGCUCAAAGUGGCUCAAAAACAUUGCAAAUUAUAAAAUUGUUAUACAAUUAAAAGUCAGUGCAAAAUGAAGCAGCACAAAAAAAUGGAGCCAAAAGGUUCAGAAUACAAUGUCUUGCAUCAAAUGAUUAAGUAAGUUUCAUAUAAAGCAACAUGAAGACCAAAGGAUGAUCUGUCUACAAAGAACGUAGGGGGAUCUGAGCCCAAACGCGUAUUGAGAUACAUUUCAAUGAGGACAUUGAAGAAGUGUUGGAAGAAGCAAAGAAGGCUAAGGUUUUGGCACUAGUAGUUGUUGCUGAACACUCGGGAGACUUUGAAAAAAUUAUGCAACUUUCAGAAAGGUACCCAGGAUUUGUAUAUCCAUGUCUGGGCAUCCAUCCAGUUCAGAGUAUUGCAGUGGGACAUGAGCGCAGCGUUACUUUAAAGGAUCUGGAUGAAGCAUUGCCACUCAUAGAACUUUAUAAGGACCGCCUGUUGGCCAUCGGAGAGGUUGGUCUGGAUUUCACUCCCAGAUUUGCCAACACUGAUGAGCAGAAGGAAGAACAAAGACAAGUCUUGAUAAAACAGAUUCAGCUGGCAAAACAACUGGAUUUGCCUUUAAAUGUCCACUCCCGCUCAGCUGGAAGACCAACCAUUAACCUCUUAAAGGAACAAGGUGCUGAAAAAGUGUUGCUCCAUGCAUUUGAUGGCAAGCCAUCAGUGGCAAUGGAAGGGGUGAAGGCUGGAUAUUUUUUCUCCAUUCCUCCUUCCAUCAUAAGGAGUGAACAGAAGCAGAAACUUGUGAAACAGCUGCCUCUAGAAAGCAUGUGUUUAGAAACGGACUCUCCUGCUCUAGGGCCUGAGAAACAGGUAAGAAAUGAACCAAAGAAUAUCUUCAUUGCUGCAGAAUACAUUGCAAAAAUCAAAGGAGUGUCACUGGAAGAAGUUCUAGACAUGACGACAAAGAAUGCAUUGAAACUUUUCCCCAAACUGAAACAUUUCUCUGGAAAUAAUUUAUGUUCUCCUCCUGUGUAAUAAUCUAAAGCAGAAGAUAUUCCCAUGAAAUGACCCUGAUGUAGAUAAGAACACAAUAUCACUCAGCGCAUGGUUUCAAGCUAUGAUGGGUCUGCCUCAGCUCUUCUGUCAUGCCCAUCAGAGGAACAAAUGAGCUAAAUAUAGAAUUGUGCUGCUUCAGUCUGUUUAAUCUGACAUUAUUCAGCUUUUUCUUUAAAUUAAUUUUGUAAUUAAUUGUAAUUACUACAAAACCUUGUUUAACAUCUGGAAUUAUUUUUGGGCCUAAUAAGCAAUAAAACUGGAUUUUAACAGGA